AUUCGAGCUCAUGAUAGGUUACAGAGAAAACUCUAACCCCUCCUUUUGUUUUACAAUACCUGUGGUUUGUUUAUUGAAAACAGGACCAGCGUUCUCACUGUGAUAUGAAAAGUUCUCAAAACCUUCAUAUCUGUUCCCAGAGCAGCUAUCUGUUCCCAGAGAGCCCAUGGACAGAAUGUUUUGCCUGUUAUGGGAAGACUGUCCGAGAAAUCUUGUUGUUUAUAAAGUGGUGCUUGAGAGAGCCUAAUUAUUUAUAGAAUCAAGCCUGGGAAAUGCUGCUUUAUCUCUACCUUUUACUUUUCCCUCAGCUGUAUACCUUCAUGGCCUCUUUCUUUAAGCCAUGCUUGAACCAGGCUCUCCACAUCCUGGCCCUGUUUUUUCAAGAGGGGUGGCACUGCACGGCCACUGAGAUGAAAUCACCCCAUCAGGAGGACGCAACCAUCCCUUGCCUGCAACUCUCUCAGGAGAUCCUGGGCUGGCUCUAACCCAUCAUGAUACACUGAGAACCAGGUGUUACAGGAUCAUGGCUGCCAUUGAGGAGCGCACCUUCAUUGCCAUCAAGCCUGAUGGGGUCCAGAGGGGACUGGUGGGGGAGAUCAUCAAACGCUUUGAGAAGAAAGGAUUCAAACUGGUAGCCAUGAAAUUAAUACACGCCUCUGAGGACCUUCUGAGGGAACACUACAUUGACCUCAAGGACCGGCCAUUCUACGAUGGCCUGGUGCAGUACAUGCACUCAGGACCUGUUGUAGCCAUGGUGUGGGAAGGUCUUAAUGUGAUUAAGACUGGAAGAAUGAUGCUGGGGGAAACCAAUCCAUUCGAUUCCAAGCCUGGCACUAUUCGUGGGGACUUCUGUGUCCAAGUUGGAAAGAACAUCAUUCAUGGCAGUGAUUCUGUGGAAAGUGCUGAGACAGAGAUCAAUUUAUGGUUCACUCCUGAAGAACUGGUUGAUUACAGAAGCUGUGCUCAUGAGUGGAUCUAUGAUUAACACCCAGCCUGGAUCUUCUGAUAUUCCCAUGUCCAUAAGCAGCUGCUAGCCUCUAGCUAUUUCAAAGAAUUCCCUGGUAGAAACCUCAGAAAACAGUGAAAUUGUUCUGUUGUGGAUGUCAGGGUCAGUGCUUGCUGCUCCUUUGAUUUAAAAGUUGUCAAGUUAUAGAUGGAAUUGCACAUUUUAAAAGCUGCUUCUGGGACUGAGAGAUAUGAGAUGAAAACAGAGAAUAGAUAACAUAUAUUUUUCUGAAGCAUUUUAUAGUCAUAGAGUGUAUUUUGGUAAACACAAUAAAAAUGGGUAAAAAUUUAUUUGGUAAAUAAAUAUGCAAAUGGCUCAGAGUCAGAGGUUAACUUUGCUAAAACAUUACAGGACAACUGAUGGUGUGUAAAUGCAUUGAUAAUAUGCCCAAAUGCUGAGGAUUUACUUAAUAUUAAGUCAAGUGUGUCCCCAUUCCUAAAAUGGCUGCAGAAAAAAAGAGCUCAUUUCUCUCCCCAGAACAUGCUGUGCCCAUAAAGAGCUCAACUCUGGCUAAAAUGACAACUGGCUUCCACACUGACACCGUUUCAACUCACUCUUUUUUCGUUCCACAUGGGAUUUAUGUAGUAUUUUAAGGACCGAUUAACCGGCCAGGCUUGAUGAAAUGUUCUUUUAUGUGAAAAGAAGAUUAAUGUGAGGAUGGAUGAGGGAGAUUCUACCCUUAGCCACUUCAGUGCAGCAGCUCUCUGACAUUGCACAGAGCAGUAAAAGUGGUGUUUGCUUUGCCGGCUGAACAGCAGGUAAUUUAGCUGUGUUCUCAUUAGUGUAGUUUCCUCAGUAGCUGGAACUUCAAAGCAAAUCGUUCUUGGAUAAGUUGUUUUAGAAGUGACUUCAUCACUAUCGUUUUGUAUUUAAUGAUGUAAAGAAGUAGAGUCAUAAUAAUGCAGAAGGUGUUUCAGUUUCAACAGCAAAAGUUGCACUGGAUGAGGAAGUUGGGAUUGAUAUUAUGUAUUUAUUUCUCUGCAACAUUUUAUUCACUAAGAGUAAGAGUUUCAUGGAAUCAGUUGCUCAAGCUCCACUAUUUUUUCCCCCAGAGCGAAUUCUAGUAUCUGAAUACUGAACUAUGCAGUGAAUGUUGAAUGGAAGGCUUAUGAUACCUUAUGGUGAUAUCAAGCUCCUAAAAAGAGAUGGCACAAAAUAAAACAAUAUUUGCUGUUUCUUAAGUGAA